CCGUUUUUCCCCCCAACAGACCUAACCUUGAAACAGCAAUUGGCUUUAAGUUUAAACACUACCGAGUUUGGUUUUGACCAUUUUGUUUAUGGUUGUGAUGAACGUUCUACACUCGUUUCCUAACUUUAUUUUAUGUUUUUAAACGAAAUUAAAAGUUCUCUGCUAUUUUUAGCGAUUAAAUCCGAGAGUUUAGCAAACUCCCGAUGUCCCAUUAACCUGAGUGUCCGAUAUAAGUGAAAUCUUAUUUAUUGACAAUUGAGUAUCCUUUUAACGCAUUGGUAGGUUUUUGGAGCGAGUAUCAUCCCAUGCCACUCAGUGUUAAAUGAUGUAGCUUUAUUUUAAUGUUCGCGUCUAUAAUGAUUGUGUUCUAAGUUUAUGCUCUGCAGCACAUUUCAGUCUAAACUUCAAAUCGUGUACAACGUUCUCCCCAAACAUGGGUGUUGUGGACGCGUAGGGUUCUAGGGAGACCGUGCCCUUCCUCGGACUCUGGACGUGCUAGUUUAAAGAUGAAUGAAGAGAGUUUGAAGGGGUGCAACUCGAAACGUCGCCUAUCCAUUACCUCCACAGAUGCUGCCUGACUCGCUGAGUUGCUCCAGCACUUUGUGUUUUUGUUCAAAAUUCCGAUCACGGCGAAAGAGUAACUUUCAUUUCCUAUCGGUAUAUUGCAGAAAUCAUGACUUCCCCGUCCGAAUUUUCCACAUUCCAUGAAGCACAAACCCCGGAGCAACGUUUGUUGGGUCGAUUAGACGAAGCAACUACCCAACGAAGUCUUAAGGUUGGUCCAUCGUGUAUUUGGUCUAGGUUAUCGACUCCCCUGAACUGCUCCUGGUUAGUGUGCCACCCCAACUAUGCGAAUUAUUGUUCUGCUUAUUCCGAACAGGACAACAGUCGUGUGAAACCAUCUGCGACCGAGAAUCAACGGCUUAAAGUGUAUUUGAGAGUGAGACCAUUUUUAAAAGCGGAAUUGGCAAACACCGAAUCCCAGAACUGUGUGGCAAUAAAAGAUUCGGAAACUAUUGUGUUGGCAGCGCCUAAACAUUCAAAGACUCUGAAAAAUAGUGGCAGGGGAAUUGGUCAAGCUGUACACAAGUUUACCUUUUCUCAGAUAUUUGGACAGAAAACCAGUCAGACAGAAGUCUUCAAUGGCACAGUAAAGGAUCUAGUUAAACAAUAUCUCCAAGGGCAGAACAGUUUGGUGUUUACUUAUGGAGUUACCAAUGCUGGGAAGACCUACACUAUUCAAGGUACUGGUAAAGAUGAAGGUAUUUUACCAAGAUCAUUGGACAUGCUAUUUGAUCACAUAAAAGGCAGACAAUAUGAAGGUAUGGAUUUAAAGCCACAUGUUGGUGACGUGGUGUUAAAACUGGACAAUAAUCAAACCCGGCAAGAAGAGGCUAUCAAGUUAGCAAUCUUUUCCUCACAGAGAGAGGAGAUGGAAUGUCGGCCCUUGAGGAUAUGCAAUAAGAGCAGCCAAAAAGAUUUGGUGCAGGCAAGCUCCACUCUGGCAGACCACAUGACCUUUGAUGAAAUAGCUAAGAAUCCGGAAGUAAUUACAGCAGCAUCUGAUGCAAGCCUCUGUGAUCAAAACCCACGACGAUACUCAGUAUGGGUUUCAUUUUGUGAGAUAUAUAAUGAAUAUGUGUAUGACCUAUUGGAUCCAAUACCAACUUUAAGAAGCCAGAAGCGUCAAAAUCUACGAGUCUGCGAAGAUCAAAGAGGAAGUAGUUAUGUUAAAGAUCUGAAAUGGAUCAACAUUACUAGCUCAGAUGAAGCUUUUAAAGUCUUGAAGAUAGGCAAUAAAAAUCGAAGCUUCGCAUCCACCAAAAUGAACCACCAGUCUAGCCGAAGUCACAGCAUAUUCUCCAUUCGACUAUUGGAAAUAAUCGGGGACAGGCCCUGCUUCAUCAGGACAUCUAACCUAAACCUGUGUGACUUGGCUGGGUCAGAGCGCAGCAACAAAGCACAAACCUUUGGAGAUCGACUGAAGGAGGCAGGAAACAUAAAUACUUCUCUCCUUAUCCUUGGUAAAUGCAUUUCUGCACUAAGGCAGAAGCAACAGAAUAAACUAAAGUCAAUUAUUGUCCCUUUUCGAGAGAGCAAGUUGACUCAUCUUUUUCAGUCUUUCUUUUGUGGCAAAGGCAAAGCUUGUAUGAUUAUUAAUAUAAGCCAGUGUGCCUCCAUGUAUGAUGAGAAUCUGCAUGUAAUGAAGUUUUCAGCAAUCGCUAAGCAGAUAAUUCAGAUUAUUCACCCCAAAAUAAAACUGCAACUAGCUGAGCGAAUGGGUGGGGGUGAUGGCAGUAUGAUGGUAUGCACUGAUCUUGAAGAGUCUCUGUCUGUUGAAAAUCGUUAUUCUGAAGGUCUAAUUAAAGGUGACGAGGAGGAGCAGGAAAAUGAAGAACUGGACCUCACCACCUUUGCUCAUGAAGAAUUAUUGAAUAUGAUCGAAAGCCUCAGACACAAACUGAUAGCUGAAAGACAGCAGAAAUUCGUUUUGGAAAUGACGGUUCGUGAAGAAAUGGGAGAAGCAAUGUUUCAGCAACUACUCCGUACUGAAGAAGUAUGGAGUGAGCGAUUUGAAGAGCUAAAGGAUGUCUAUGAAGAACAAUUGGACAGUAAACUUCACAUGUAUAAGGAAUCUAUCAGGCGGCAUGCUUAUAAAUGGGCUUUGGAAGAAGUUAAAGAUAAAUAUAUUUCAAAAGAAGAGUUUGCUGCUGAGCAACAUAAGGCAGAGGUAAUGAUUAAGGUGAGAUAUGUGAUGCUUUUUCCAUCAACAGUGUAG